ACUACAAGAAAUAUGGUUUUUAGUUGCGGUGCUCAGUGGCGACUUUAUUUGUUGCCACUUUGUAGCGACUAUAUAAAGUUGCCACAAACACAGAGCAUUUGCAGCGACCUUUAAAGUCGCCACUGAAAAUAUGCUUUUAGUAGCGACCUUGAAUAGAUCGCCACUAAUAUGUACCAAAAUAGGACUAAAAUUCACGUUCCCGCUAAAGAAAAGUUUGGCUCCAAAAGUUUUUGGGGCGACUUAUACUAUGUUGCCAGUAAUAGGUUAUUGUGACGACUAGGUCGCCACUAAAAGUUCAAUUGAAAAAAAAAUGAAAAGUCACCAAAAAUGGACAGUAAAAACAAUAAGAGGAAAAAAACAAACAGAACCUUUAUUUGGGUCGAUUUUCAUCCAUUUUCCGCUCUACUCUUCCCUCAAUAUAACCAUAAUCCAUAUGCAAAAUUCAAAAAGCCAACAACGAUUUCUUUCUAAGUUGACAUUUUCGUUGAAGAAAUCAUGUCUUGAACCUGAUUUUGCUUCUCUCUACACACUAUAUUUGGAAAUAAAGAUGGAUAAAAGUUGGUUAAAUGUCAAGAAUAGAUGUGACGGAAGAUAUAUUGAAGGGAUAGACAACUUCCUUAAUUGGGCAUACAGUCAACCAAAUGUGAGCACAACGAUUCGAUGCCCUUGUAAAGGGUGUGGAAAUACCCAGUUCAAGACAAAAAUCCAAGUAAGAAGAGACCUAUUCGGGAAGGGUUUUUGGGAGAGUUACAAUGUGUGGGACUUGCAUGGGGAAGUGUUAGUAAGAGUUGAAAAUUCUAAUGUUACACAAAAUGAUGAAGUGCAGGAUGACACAAUUGAAGAGGAUAAUAUUCCUGAAAUGAUUUAUGAUGCUUUUGGGUAUUCGAAUAUGGAGGAUAUGAAUAAUCUACCAAGGGACAAUGAAGAGCCAAAUGUGCAAGCAAAAAUAUUCUACAAAUUGUUGGAAGAUGCUGAGACAGAGCUAUAUCCUGGUUGUAAAAAAGUGUCAAAGUUUUCUUUUGUAGUUAGGCUACUUCACUUGAAGUGUCUUAGUCACUGGAGCAACGAAUGCGUGGAUGCAUUGUUGAGCUUCUUUAAAGAAGUUCUUCCGGAGGGGUCAUUCGUACCUAAUUCUUUCUAUGAUGCAAAGAAAGUGCUUCAAGAUUUAGGCUUGGGGUACACCAAAAUAGAUGCAUCUGAGAACGAUUGUAUCUUAUAUUGGCGUGAGUAUGCCAAUGCCCAAUCAUGUCCUAAGUGCAGUAAGUCAAGAUGGAAGUCAAAAGAAAAUAAAGGCAAGAAAGUAGCUAAUAAAGUCUUGCGACAUUUUCCAAUGAAACCAAGAUUGCAGAGAUUGUACAUGGCAAGAGAGACGUAAAAAAAAAUGAGGUGGCACAAAGAGGAACGUAUUGUUGAUGGUGUGUUGAGACAUCCCUCAGACUCCAUGGCAUGGAAAUCUUUUGACGAGCGACAUCCCACUUUUGCAGCAGAACUAAGAAAUGUUUGAUUAGGUUUAGCAAGUGACGGGUUCCAACCUUACGGAAACAUGAGUACCAGUCAUAGUAUUUGGCCAGCCGUACUAGUUCCAUACAAUUUUCCACCAUGGGAUUGCAUGAAGAAUUCAUAUUUCAUGAUGACACUUCUUAUUCCAGGCCCUAAGUGUCCAGGUAAUAAUAUAGAUGUAUACUUACAGCCAAUGAUUGAAGAGUUAAAAGAAUUAUGGAACGGAGUGGAGACCUAUGAUGAUACUCACAAUCUAAUUUUAUGAUGCGUGUGGCUGUCAUAUGGACAAUCAAUGACUUUCCUGCAUAUGGAAACCUCUCGGGAUGGUCGACCAAAGGUAAGCUUGCAUAUCCGUGUUUCCAUAAAGAUACACAAUCUAUUUCCUUGCAUAAUAAGUUGUGUUAUAUGGGUCAUUGUCGCUUCCUUCCAAUGGAUCAUCCAUGGCAUAAAAAUAGGAGGUUAUUUGAUGGGAAACUGGAGAUAGGGGUUGCACCUAAUCCUUUAACAGGUGAUAAAGCACUGACACAAUUACAAGGUUUGAGAAAUGUGACUUAUGGUAUAGUCCAGAAGCGAAAGCGUGAUGUUCUCAAAGAUGCUUAUAAUUGGAGGAAGAAAAGUAUUUUUUUUUCAAUUGCCUUAUCGGGAGACUCUUUUGUUACGACAUAACCUUGAUGUGAUGCAUAUAGAAAGAAAUGUAUCCGACAACAUUGUAUCAACUAUUAUGAAUAUAGUUGGGAAGACAAAGGACACAUUAAAAAGUAGAUAUGAUUUGGUGGACCUUGGCAUCAGGCAAGGGUUACAUCCAAUUAAGGAUGGGAAUAAUAUUUUGUUGCCGACAACAUGUUAUGCAUUGUCCCCGCAAGAGAAGUUGAAGGUAUGCAACUUCUUAGCCAAUUUUAAGGUUCCUGAUGCCUUUUCAUCUAACAUUUCAAGGUGUGUCAACAUCCAGGAUAAAAAGAUACAUGGAUUAAAAUGUCAUGAUCACCAUGUAUUGUCACAAGAAAUUUUUCCAGUAGCAAUACUUGGUUUGCUACCUAAGGAAGUGUCUGAACCAAUUAUAGAGUUGGGCCUAAUUUUCAAGAAUUUGUGCUCUAAGUGCCUGACAAUUGAAGAUCUUGAUAUCCUAGAGGCUCAAAUUGCUAUCACAUUGUGCAAAUUUGAAAUUGUUUUUCCUCCGGCGUUCAUUGAUGUCAUGGUUCAUUUGCCAAUGCACUUGGUAAGAGAGGCAAAGCUUGGUAGACCAGUUCAAUAUCGAUGGAUGUAUCCUUUUGAAAGGUAUUUACGGAUACUUAAGUCAUAUGUUCGCAACUUAGCUGGUCCUGAAGGUUCUAUUGCAGAAGGUUAUUUGGCAGAAGAAUGUCUCACAUUUUGCUCACGAUACUUAAAGAAUAUCUCAACUAAAUUCAAUAGACCUUCUAGGAAUGAUGAUGAAUCUGUGUCAAAUGGUGAGAUGUCUAUAUUUAAAGAUAGUGGGCGACCAAAAGGUGGUUCAGAUAUCGCUGAAUUAUCUCGUCAUGAGUUCAAACAACUAGGCAUGUAUGUGCUUCAAAAUUGUGAAGAGGUUUGGCCAUUCAUAGAGGAGCACAAAAGAGGGAUUGAAAGACAAAGUUCAAUGGGAAAUGAAAGCCAUACUGAUGAUUUACCCGAUUGGUUUUGUGCACGUAUCCUUCAACUAUCACUACAAGGACAUGUAAGUGAUGACCUUUUAAGCUUAGCAGUUGGUCCAGGACCAGUGGUGCAUCGUUACUCUGCAUUGAUGGUGAAUGGAUUUAGAUUCCAAACAAAAGAGCUUGAGUCGAGAAGGAAAACGCAGAAUUGUGGAGUUCUUGUGAGAGGAGAUGAUUCAGACUCUAAACAGGAGUAUUAUGUCAUAGUAGAGGACAUUUACGAGUUGUCUUAUAGGGAAAAUAGGAAAGUUUACCUCUUCAGGUGUCAUUGGUGGGAUGUGGCUCACUUAGGAAAAAGAUAUAAGAUUGACAAAUACGGUUUCACAAGUGUGAACACUCGUUGUGCCUUGCGUACAGAUGAGCCAUUUGUAUUGGCAUCUCAGUCUGAACAAGUCUUCUACUUGAAUGAUAUGAUUGAAAAAGAGUGGCUUGUCAUUGUAAAAACAAAUCCUCGCAACCUUUAUAAUAUGCCUGAAAAUAAUGAUAGUUGUAUAGAGGUUGAAGAUGAAGUGUUACUGAAUGGAGAAGCUUAUCAACAGGAGGAAUUUGAAUUUAAUAUGUUGCAUACUGAUGAUCAAGAAAUUGAUAUCGUGGUGUCUUUACAUAGGGGUAAUGUUGAACCACAAAGCAUUAAUUAUAAUCGCAAGUGAACAGGCUCAGAAAAGUGUGCAUAAUCAGGAAGAUGAUUUCAUUGAUGACAACCAAAUAGAUAUGUCGUAGAAUGAAGAAAGCGAAGAAGAGAAUAUUGACAUAGAGGACAGUGAUA